AUGUCUUCCUUCAAACUCUUCUGCCUCAUCGCUAUUCUUCUUGUCUCGGUUUCUGAAAUUUCUGGACAAGAUCUUCAUUCUUGUACCAUGAUGGAUACAAACCCUCAAGCUGCUAGAGCUGCAUGCAUUGCCAGCUGUGCUCUUCAGCGUUGCUCAACUGGAUACUGUGAGAAAAGAGGAAACCGUCCAACUUGUGUCUGCAGCAGAUGCACUUAA